UCGACAUUGAUGAAUGGGCAACAUAUGUGCACUUCAGAUUGAACUGCUCUGAAAUGUACGGGGGUUAACACUAUGAGUGCAAAACUCUUCUCAAGAAGAGAAAUAUAGUUUAGUGUGUUCAGAGGCACGUGAGUAAAUGUUUAAAACUGUAAGUAUGGUAAGUUAUGCUAAUGGAAAUGAUGAUGCUCCUGCUGGGGGUCAGCCUGGGCCAUCAACCUCUUCUGCACCUUCCACGUUUGCUGGUACUCAACCUACAAAUGCCCCUCCCUUGUAUAUGCCACCUUUUCCCUGGAUGCCUUUUUUGCCUGGUUUCUUACCUAAUGCUCUUCCUGGAGUUAUUCCUUUUAUCAUGCCACCUGUUCCUCCACAACAACAGCAGCCAGGUCCACAAGUUGCUCAUCUAGCGAAUGCUCCUCAAUCUCAACAAGCCUCCGGUAAAACUAAAUAUUUAAUUUAG